AGAGGGAGAUGUAAAAAGUUAGGGGGAUACCUCGCCAUUGUGGACUCAGAGAAAGAGAAUGACUUCUUUAAAGACAUCCUGAAGGGUGAUGAUGAAAAUGCAGAUUUCUUACUCGGUGGAGGACGAUCAAAACCAAAAACUAAUUGGGUUUGGAAAGAUCAUCCAAAUGAGCCAAGUAAACCCUUCAGUUAUACAGACUGGAGAUGGGAAGAACCAAACAGUCCACGGACAGAACGGUGUAUUGCUGUCAAUAUUGAGGGAUGGAAUGAUGUGACAUGUUACCAUGGUUAUCAGUUUAUAUGUGAAGCCAUUCCAUUGUAAUCACAAUUAUUAUGAUGAAAAAAGAACUCUUUUCAGUUUAAAUCAUCUCAAAAAGUGGUUACAAUUAUACUCUAUGAGUUGUUGCACA